UCACCUCUCUCUCUCUCUCUCUCUCUCUAUUCGAUGGAGUGUCUCAACCCCCAUCUCUCACACGUCCACCACGUGCCCCGCACGUGCUCCUCCUCCUCCUCCUCCUCCUCCUCCUCCGCACGAAGGUCUCUUCGCCUCUUCUCCUUCCACAUCACCUCGCUCAGAACCAAGCGGCUUUUCCCCUCCUCCUCAUUCCUCUGCUCCCCGAAUCCUCUGAACCCAUCUCCUCUUUCUCUCCCAGUUCAGCUCGCAACUUCCGGGAGUCAGUCGAGUGUGAAACCUAGUACCGACAUAGCUGAAUGGGCCAUGCAAGAUUUUUAUGCCUUGCGGAAGGAUGUAGAAGCUACUGCAGAGCGUGUAGACGAAAUCAGGAUUUCUGCUGGUUUAGAACAACUGGAAGCAGAUCUUGCCGUACUGGAGAAAAAGUCUGCUGAUAGUUCCUUAUGGGAUGACCCUUCAAAGGCUCAAGAAAUACUUCUUGCUUUGACUGAUGUUAAAGAGAAAAUCAAAUUGCUCAAUGAUUUUGAGUCACAGGUUGAGGAAGCUAAAACUAUAGUAAACUUAACCGAGGAGUCGGAAUCUAUAGAUGCCGGUCUUCUUGAAGAGGCGUCAAAGAUUAUUCGAGAACUGAUCAAGGCAUUGGAUCGCUAUGAGCUGACUCAGCUUCUUGCCGGUCCCUAUGACAAGGAAGGGGCUGUAAUUAACAUUACUGCAGGUGCUGGGGGUACUGAUGCACAGGAUUGGGCCGAAAUGCUUCUUCGAAUGUAUGUAAGAUGGGGUGAGAAGCAGCGUUACAAGACGAAAGUGGUUGAAAAAUCUGUGGGAGAGGAAGCCGGAAUCAAGUCAGCUUCAAUUGAACUUGAAGGUCGUUUUGCUUAUGGUUAUCUAUCUGGGGAGAAAGGAACGCACCGUAUUGUUCGUCAGUCUCCUUUUAAUGCUAAAGGUCUUCGUCAGACAAGUUUUGCUGGUAUUGAAGUUAUGCCCCUUCUCGCCGAAGAAUCGUUGGAUGUUGAGAUACCCGAAGAGGACCUGGAAAUAAGUUGUUCAAGAGCAGGAGGAAAAGGAGGCCAGAAUGUGAACAAGGUUGAAACGGCAGUUCGGAUUGUUCACACCCCCACUGGUGUUUCUGUUCGUUGUACAGAGGAGAGAAGCCAGUUGGCAAACAAGAUCAAAGCGCUUAGCCGGUUGAAAGCGAAGCUGCUCGUGAUCGCCGAGGAACAACGUGCCUCGGAGAUAAAACAAAUUAGGGGCGAUGCAGUAAAAGCCGAGUGGGGCCAACAGAUACGGAAUUACGUGUUCCACCCGUAUAAGCUCGUGAAGGACGUACGGACAGGGUAUGAGACGUCCGAUAUCACUUCCGUGAUGGAUGGAGAACUAGAGCCUUUUAUCAAAGCUUACCUUAAAUACAAGUACAAUGCGGCUGCUGCCGAAGGGAGCACAAAAUGAUACAGUUUGUAUCAGAUUCAUCCUCAAAUUUUUCACUGUUUUCUCCGGUGUUAUCUUUAGUGACUCACCGAUUUUGCGAUAAAUUGUAUUCAUUCUCAAAUAGUCAAUUAGAGAAGGGUCUAUACUUGUGGUGUAAAUUUUGUGCUGAUAUUGCUGUUAAGUGUAAACUCAUGCAAAUCAUGAAAUCACAUCUCUCCACGCCUUCUCGAGUUGAUGCCUUUUUCCUCGCCCUCGAUAUGAGGAGAUGGAUUUUUUGUUUCAUUUUUUCCAAGUUCAAUGAUUGUGGGCAAGGAAGAGAAGUGUUUGGAGAUGUUCUUUUGCAAAUAAAUUGUUCUAGAGGGCACAUUUAUACAGCACAGGUUGAGUAGUUAUUGGAAUGAA